CUGCUAAAGUUGUGACUUGUACCGUGAUCGGGUUUAGUUUCGCCUCAUGACAACGGUGUCGCUUUGUCACGUCCCUACCAGACCCGCGGCGGUUUCUGCAGCGGAUGAUCGCACACAGGACGUCUCCCAUACGACAAAAACUCUUCCUCAUAGUUCCCCUCCUCGUCGGCCUGUCCCAUCCACACGGCCGAAGGGGGAGGGCUUUGACACAACAUCACCCCAAUGGAAUACCGAUGACUUCUCUGCUACAGCUAUGGGACUAUGACAUUUGAGCAUGUGUAAAACCGGUAAUCUGCUGUCUUGGAUGUGGAGCAGCGGUGCUAACUGAACUCGGGUUGGCAUUUGGAGCUAAAGGGCGAUGGCCAGUUCAGAAGAUGUGAUUGAGCCGCUGGCUGUGAGCACUGGAGCACCAAUUCUGAGCCGAUGGCGCUCUCCUCAAGAUCUCAUCAGACUGAACCAAGACAAGUUAGAUGGCUUCAUGUCAAGGAAGGAGGGCCAUCACUUCAUGGUAGUUCAUCGUCUUCCUGAAAUAAAGGAACAAGGCCGACCUUACCUCAUACCAGGAGUUCCUAUCACAUGCAGAGUGGACAACACAGAAAGACACACCACUCGUUCUAAGGUCAAGGUGAGUACCCUCUACACAUUGGAGCUGAAACACGGCCCGUUCUUCUGGACCGUGAAGAGGAAGUACAAGCACUUUCAGGAGCUGAAUCAUGAUAUUUACAAGCACAAGAUGAUGUACCAGUGGAACCCUCUAGGAAAGUUUUCAAAGGAACGGCAGCAGAUGAGGUUGAUGACAGAGGAAAUGCCAAGUCUUCACGGGAGCGAUCGAUCCAAAAGAACCUCCAGCAAAAUGAAAUACCUCGAGGAGUACUUGAAUAAUCUGCUUGAGAUUGAAUUCUGUAGGAAUGACCACAGCAUGAUGGAGUUCCUGUCUAUCAGUGCUCUCUCCUUUGUAGCUGAUCUAGGCCCCAAAGGCUUGGAGGGGCCUAUUUACAAGAGGUCAGGUGGUCACCACAUCCAGGGUCUGAACUGCUUUGGCCAUCAUCGGUUCUGUUUCAGCUGGUCUCACCGCUGGCUGGUGGUGAAAGACUCCUUCCUCAUCUAUAUGAGCCGGGAUCACAGCCAAAUCAACUUUGUGCUGCUGUUUGACCCACAGUUCGAGGUGAAGGUCGGCCAUUCCAACACAGACAUCAGAGAUGGAGUCUGCUUAGAGAACUCGACUCGGAGUUUGGUUAUUAAAUGCAACAACUUCCGGCAAAGUCUUUGGUGGAGCAGUCAGAUAAACGAGAUAAAAAACGCAUGCGAGUUUUGCAAAAAACAAAAACAUGGGGGAUUUUUCGGCCCACGUGAAAACACUCUCACCAAGUGGUAUGUGAAUGGAAGAGACUACUUUUCAGACCUUGCUGAUGCUCUUGAACAAGCCAAGGAGGAGAUUUUCAUCACUGAUUGGUGGCUCAGCCCUGAGAUUUUUCUGAAGAGACCAGCAACUGACAACCACUGGAGACUGGAUGAGCUGCUUAAAAGAAAAGCAAAACAGGGGGUGAAAGUGUGCGUCUUGCUGUACAAAGAGGUGGAGGUAGCCCUUGGCAUCAACAGUGAACACAGCAAGAGAACACUCAUGGAUUUAGACCCAAACAUCAAGGUAAUGCGGCAUCCUGACCAUUUAUCGUCCGUGGUCCUCCUUUGGGCCCACCAUGAAAAAACAGUUGCCAUUGAUCAAACUGUGGCCUUUGUAGGGGGGAUUGACCUAGCAUUUGGGAGGUGGGAUGACAGUCAGUAUCGACUAACUGAUCUUGGUUUGGCAAACAGUGAGAAUCAGGAGCAACCAGGUGCAGACGUCCAAGAUACUGGAGCAGCUGAUGAUCCUCUUUUGGUAAACUCAAAAAACCAGGAACCGCUUGAUCUAUCAAGAAACACUAAACUUUGGCUUGGCAAAGACUACAGCAACUUUAUCAAGAAAGACUGGACCCAGCUGGACAAGCCCUUUGAAGACAAUGUUGAUCGCUCUGAGGUUCCCCGCAUGCCGUGGCGUGAUCUGUCUGCAGCGGUUCACGGAAAAGCUGCCAAGGAUGUAGCUCGCCACUUCAUCCAGCGCUGGAACUUCACCAAGAUCUUCAAAAACAAGUACAAAGAUGACUUCUACCCAUAUCUGCUCCCCAAGUCUCACUCUACUGAAGAUCCGCUUUCAUACAUUGUACCAGGUUCCAAGAAGGCAAAAGUCCAGGUGCUGCGCUCUACUGAUUCCUGGUCAACCGGAACCUGUGAGAAUUCCAUCCUUGAGGCCUACAUCCAAACAAUCAAGAACAGCCAGCACUACAUCUACAUCGAGAACCAGUUCUUCAUCAGCUGCGCCGGCGACAAUGUCCAAAAUACUAUUGGCGACGCAAUUGUGGAUCGAAUCUUGCUCGCUCACAGAGAGCAGAAGAAGUACAGGGUGUUUGUGGUUAUUCCCCUGCUUCCUGGAUUUGAGGGAGAUCUCACUACAAAAAAUGCAAACGCCAUCCAAACCAUUUUGCAUUUCACUUACAGGACAAUUUGCCGCGGAGAGCAAUCCAUCCUGCACAGACUGAGCGAACUGAAGGAUCAGUGGACGGAGUACAUCACCUUCUGCGGCCUCAGAACGCAUUCCCAGCUCUCCCAGAAGCUCGUCACCGAGCUCAUCUAUGUUCACAGCAAGACACUCAUUGCUGAUGACCGCUGUUACAUCAUCGGUUCUGCCAACAUCAAUGACCGCAGCAUGCUGGGCUCCAGAGAUAGUGAGGUGGCCGUGCUUGUGGAGGAUGAGGAGAUGGUACCAUCCAUCAUGGGAGGAGAGCCGUACCAAGCAGGCCUGCUCACACUUGCUCUGCGCAAAGAGUGUUUCAGUGUUCUUGUUGGUGCAACAUCUGAUCCCAUCAUCAACAUAGAUGACCCAAUUAGCGACGAUUUCUUCUACUUGACAUGGAAUGAAACAGCUAAACUGAAUGCCAGCAUUUACGACAAGGUCUUCCGAUGUCUGCCCUGCGACUCUGUCUGUAACAAGCGGGUGCUGAAGGAGUACUCCAGCCAGGACCCCCUCUGUGACACCGAUUGUGAGCAGGCAGCGGAAGAGCUGAAGGCAAUCCGAGGGCUGUUGGUUCAUUUCCCCCUGAUGUUCCUGUACGGGGAAAACCUGCUCCCUCCUCUUAACACCAAGGAAGGCAUGGCUCCUGUAGAGAUGUGGACAUAGCCACAGUUUUGCAUCAUAUCUGCAGUAUAGCUCACCUGUAUAUACUAUCUAACACACUAGAAUAGCUACAUUAUCAGCACUUAUGUAAAUAAUAAAUUAUGCUAACCUUAAAUACCUUUUACAAACACUGAACUACAGAUUAUUAACAGCUGUUACUUUGUAGAUGAAUCCUUGUGUUUCUUGUUAUCAAGAUAGUAAGUGCUUCAUAAUAGUGCAAUCUUAAUAGCGAGGCUAGAGCUAAUGCCGUUUGUGCCUGUCUCAGAAAAGGAAUGCAGUCAGAAAUUCAACCUCUUUCAUGAUGGAGGAACACGGUGUACAUUUAUUGAUGCUGGAUUUUUGGGUGGGUGGGUGGCUCUGUCUCUUUCUCUCCCUCACGCUCUCACUCUCUCCCUCCGAGGCUUCACCUCUCACUGCAGUGCCAGAAAAUCUGUCAGAACAUUUGUGGUUGUUAUGGUGACGGAUAUAAAGAGAUGAGUGGAAUGUAGCUGAAAUAAAGGCUAGUUAGGGUUGGAAAAGAGGGAGAAGGCCGAUAGCUUGCUAAAUGUGGACACUGCACCAGAGAAAGGAGCGUAAUCUGUUCACAGAAGAACUGAAAAUCCUUCUGGAAUCAUUUCAUGUUUUUUUUUUCCUUGUUGUAUUGAGGGGAACAAAAUAAGGUGCACUGCAUUGCCUUCUGUUAAUUGCUGCAUUUCUUUAUGUCACCAUGACAACUGGGAGAACUGUCAUUUAAUACCAUUUCUUCUGAUUGUGGCGGCACUUUUGCAUGAAAAUGUUUGUUGAAAUCCAGCGUUAGGAGGACAUUUUUACUGUAGACAAAAGAUUAGAUUUUUUUUCUAAUGACAACUAAAGAUAAAUUUGUUUCUGAGAUUGACCAGAUCCAGUAGAAAACAGAAGAUUGAUAUUUUUGUCUAAUUUUCACAGCAUUUUUAUAAAUUAAAAAUAUGUUGAUUUUAUGAGCAACAAAUAUGGAUUUUAAAGAAGUAUAAAAGUUUUGUAAAUGUUUGCAAAUGUUACAACAUGACAGUGCGUCCAAGUAAUAAUCUGUUUUUUUCCCCCUUUUUUUAAUGAAAGAGCAGUAUCUGAGGCUUUCAGACAAUAAAUCACCUUGUUUUCCAUUAGCAGUGCAGUGAGCCCUUACUCCAUGUACAAUCUUCAGGUGAAACAGGCUUCAGGAUGAGCCAAUUUCACCCAGAAAAUGUACUGAUGUGAAUGGUGCAUGAGAAAUCAAGUUAGGCUGCACAGACAGGUUGUAUAAGCUUUUCACAGGUCUCUGCAGGUCAACAUCACCACGCUGGUAGUUGCAGCGCAAACAGGUCCAUAAAUAGGACUGAUAACAGAUCCCUCAUGUGAACACUCCCUCACUCAACAAGGAGCCACUUUCACAGAAAAGCCUGUCACUGUGUUUUCAGACUGUUCUUUGCUCCUUUCAGAAAUAGUCAAAAACGCUGUGAGCCCUGGAACAUUGGAACAUUUGGUUCCGCAUGCUCUUUAUUGUAGUUGUAGCCUUUUUUAAUAAACCAAAAAGUGACUUUACACUUGUAAUACUUUAAUUAAACCUACUGCUUUACAUUGACUAAUGUGCAAAAGAGUUUUGUUACAUAUUGAGGCUUUUUUUAAAAAUACUUUUACUGAACCAAGAAUACUCUUAACACACUUGAACUGUAAACUUUGUAUUUGUUCAAUAAACUUUUUUAUUUUAUUUGUACUGUAUGUGAUUCCUGUUAAACAAUUCCAUUCCAGUACCAAAAAUCUGACCUGUUUGAAUGAGCUGCAGCUGAAAAAUAAUAAUUCCAAAGUGUACAAUGUAAGUUUUGGUGUACUGAGUGCAUUAAUGUUGUCCUGUAAUUCCAUUAAGGCUGUAUUACACAGACAUUGUAUGUAAAUUAAUUACUUUUAAUAAAGUAGAAACAUUUUUGAA